AUGUCAGAGCUGCCACAUGGAACAGAGCGAGAGGGACGCAGCAUCUGCAGCAGCUCAUCCUGCAUGGGUCGCAGGUCCCUCAGCUGGACACAUGUCCCUCAGCUGGACACAGGUCCCUCAGCUGGACACAUGUCCCUCAGCUGGACACAUGUCCCUCAGCUGGACACACUGUCCCUCAGCUGGACACAGGUCCCUCAGCUGGACACAGGUCCCUCAGCUGGACACAUGUCCCUCAGCUGGACACAUGUCCCUCAGCUGGACACACUGUCCCUCAGCUGGACAUAG